AUGUUCGUGAACGUAUUGGCUGAAGGAGUAGAGAAAGUCCAAAUUGAAUGUAAUCUUAGAGACAACAUCCAAGACUUUAGAGUUCUAAUUGCAAAAGAGUUUAAAAAUAAGUAUCCUCCUGAAGUUCAAAAGCUUUUUUUUGGUGGCAAACAACUAGAAGAUGGAUUUACACUUUUCCAUUACGAUAUUAGACACCAAACCACUGUCCAACUGUAUAAAAAAAUAAUCAUUGAAACUGAAGAAUUUCUCGAACCAGAUUUACCCGCUACUUCAUUACAAGAGGCUCCUUUAAGUUUUAAUGAUGAAAAUAAUGAUAUGAAAUCGAACCAAGUCGAUCCGGCUAUAGUGACACAACCUGCUGAGUUUGAAGAAGAAUAUGUUUGCAGUGAAUGUAAUAAUAAUGCACGAAAAAAAUGUAAAGAAUGUGGUUGUAAUGUUUGUGGCAAAAAAGAUGAUGAAGAACAUACCGUUGUGUGUGAUGAAUGCCAAUAUUAUUAUCACUUUAAGUGCUUAACACCACCUUUAAAAACUUUACCUGAAGAUGAUUGGUAUUGUCCACAAUGCAAACAUGAUGAUAAGGAUGUCAUUUUAGCUGGCCAAGGACUUGAUUUAAAAAAAUCGAAAAAAGCAAAAAUGCCAUCUGCAACUCAAACCAAGAAUUGGGGCGGCGGUGUUGCUUGUAUGGGUCGUAGCAAAACAUGUGAGAUAGUUAAUCCUGAUCAUUUUG